AUCCAAUUGCAGGUCGCUCAAAGGCUCUUCGGUGUAACUCAAACUACUGCUUUUUAAAAUGGCGGACAAAUCUAGACACGGUAGUCCACCUUCCAAAAAUGCCUAUGCAACCCUCCUCACACGGCCAUCCUACCUUGCGGGUGCCAUUCUUCUCGCCUACACACUUCACAAGCAUUCGCCAUCCACGCCCCUGAUUAUAUGCUACACCCCAGAUACCCUUCCAGAAUCAUCAGUCACUGCCUUUGCCGCCGAAGCCAAACACUCUAACAUAAUCCUCCAACCCGUCGAGCACCUCCGCCUCCCUGAAGAUGGCACCGCCCACGGCAUGGUCGCCGAGCGCUUCAUCGACACAUGGACCAAGCUCCGCGUCUUCGACCUAUGGGAGAUGCCCCAAAAAUGGGAGCGCCUCUGCUGGCUCGACGCCGACAUGAUGAUCUUCUCCGACCCCUCCCCCUUGGUCUUCAACGCGCAAAACGACGAGUACCUAACUGGGGGAGAUGGAAUUAGGACAAUGGCCGUACACACCUGCGUGUGCAAUCUCGACCACGAUGUCUGGGCGCCCGCAGAAUGGACCAAGGAGAACUGCGCCAUGACGCCCCUUUCCUCACCCGAUCAACUAGCUGAGGUUAAAUCUGAACCCUACACCCUCAGCAACUUCAACUCUGGCACUUUUCUGUACCGCCCGUCCAAGCAGCUUGCAGACUUUGUGAAGCAGAAAUUUGAAGAGCUAGGCAAUGCCCGGCUCCGCGCUAUGAAGUUUCCAGACCAAGAUUUCCUAAACGAAGCGUUUGACAGGCGCUGGUCUCCACUUUCGUGGCGCACGAAUGCGCUCAAGACGUGGCGGUAUUGGCAUAGAAAUAUCUGGACCGACGACUCGUAUGUUGCUGUCUUACACUAUAUUGUGGAUAAGCCGUGGGCUGCGCGCAACAAUCCGGAUGGUAGCGCGGGGUAUCUGGGCAAAGAUGGGGAGACACAUAAGUGGUGGUGGGAUGAGUUUGAGGUUUGGCGCAGAGAAAGAGAGGAGCAGGGGGAGAAGGAGUUGUUGGGAGUUGUGGAGAAGUAUGUUGCGAGUAAGGAUGGGGCGGUGAAUGAAGAGAUGAAGGCAAUUGGGGGUGGGGCCCAGGAUUUUGCGAAGAAGUGGGAUAAGAAGGAGAAGGAAGAUGAGAAGGAGAAUGAGGGUCGUGGAGGUAAAGAGGGUGGUGGGCUGAAGUUGUCGGAUGAUGCGCAGAAAAAGGCAGAUGACUAUGGGCAAGGGUCUCAUGGUCCUAUACUUAGGAAACCGAUGUUGGGGGAGAGGGGACAUGGACCUGUUGUUCAUGGAUGUUAAUGUAGAGUGAGGUGUAUGACUUGACUUUUUUUAAACCUCUGUUCGCUAUACAGCGUAUCAGAUCAAGUAUCUCAGAAAAGACACAGCAGGCCAUACCCCAACCUGCCAGAAUCGGGUAUCAAAAAAAUUGACUUUGCAGUCAAAGUAAAAGGAUUCGGGUGAGCAUUUACGUCAGCGAGACCUUGCUCUCGAACCCUGGAAAAAUGGUUUGGUAAUACUACCAAAAAUAUGUACACAUGUCAACGAGUAUAUGCCCAUUGGGCACACCGUAGAGUGAGGUGUAUAUAUGUUAUGUAAUCCUUGAAUAGUAGAACUGAGCUCGCA